UGGGUCAUCCUUGAAAGUUAGGCAAAGAAGUGGAUGGAUUGGAAAUUGGAAGCAGCAAAGCAAGCAGUUCGCAGACAUCUCGUGCUGCCUUGAUGAGAAGUUGGCCGCACAGCCAUGGGUUGCCCCUGUUGCCUCAAUCCGUUCCUUGGGACUUCCUAGUAGCUUCUCAGGAGUAGCUACUAGAAGAGGGAACUGGCGGAUUGGAUCUUCAUGAUUCUUCUUCUUCCAGGUACUUUAGCCACACUUUUCAGCCACAGCUGGUCAAAAAGAUCCAAUAGAUACGGUUCGGUAUAACUUGACUGGUUGCUGCAGCCCAGACAACACGACGUAGGACUUUCCUGCAACGCUUCAAAUGCAGAGAAUUUGACAGCGGUUGCUGCAGAUCAGACAGACAACACAUCGUAGAACUUUCCCCGUUGCGGUUUCAAGCUCGAACAAGCUCAUUCACGCGCGUACCGGUACCGGUAGUGCACCACACACCACACACCUUCGAACUGGCUAGCUAGUCUAAUAGCACCUCCCCAGAAUCGAAUCUUCCACGAGCUUGGUGUCGUGUCAAAAGAGGCAGCAUUGGAUGCUCCAGGAAGGAACCUGCUGCUGCUUCCGUUAUGGUCUCAAAAAUCAACUGUUCAGCCCAAUCCGUUUCCAGAUGCAACUAACUGAAAUCCAAUCAAGCCAAUGAUGCACUCCCCACACACUGGUGCAUGAGUGGGCAGCUUCCAAACCCAACUGAAAUCAAAUCAAAUCUUUGGUUGCAUCCACUUUGCGCAUUGCCAUGGCUGCUUUCAGGAUUCUCAGUUAGCUGCUGACUCAUUCAUGAGCAGACUGUCCUCUGGAUGUUGGCUGUUCUUUGCAGGUGGCAAUGGACCGGUACAAGACUGCAGUCUGAAAGCAAAUUGUUCUUUACUGACAAUAGUUGGAUGCGGUUUUCGCCUCACGGACGAAAGAGGUCCGUUCCAACGGCGGACCACGUGCUUUGGGAUCCGGUGUUUGUUGUUAUCCUGAUGUGGGGUCCACUGAUGUUGAUUGAGCGGUGGGACUUGAUGUUUAGCCCGCUAUGAGUCCAGGCAGGGUCCAGGAGUAGGCUUGAUGCUGCCCAUUGUGUUGCCCCAGGAAAAAGGCAUGGGGAUGACAAAUGGUACGUCCAGGAGCAAGUUCGGAGGAUGGAUCCUGGGGUUGGGCUUGGAGAAGGACCCAAGGUUGGCUGGACCAAGAGUUGAAGUAUGACAUGCUGGUGGUCCACGAUUGGUGCUUGGUGCGGGGGCCGAGAUGGACAAAGGGCAGGGGUUGGAGUUGAUCGUGGAGUUGGUUCUAGUGGGCUCCCGAUACGGGUGGUCCGAGCGUGCUAGGCUAGUGCAGCUUUCUUCAUCUUGGCCGUGCACAUGAAAACAAAAAAUCCCAACUGCGAGAGAGCACACGCUUCCGAACCAAGUAAAUGAGCCAUGGAUUUGUACCGUAAGAGUUGUUGUCUCUGUUUCGUGACCCGUAACUCGAUCAAUGGUGGGGAUGCAAUAGUGGCAAACAAGAGUAACCGCUCAUCAGCAAUUCGCAAAACGAAAUUGCCAUGCUACGACUUGGAGAGACUUCAAGAGCUCUUCAAGACAUCUGCUGCUAGAUGCACGCACAAUUGAAGAUUGACUUGUGACGUUUCGAGUUGUUGAAGUUUGUGUUGGAACCUGGCCAUUGCUUUUCUUCGCCGAUGUGGUGGCAUGGCUCUUUCAUAAUGUGCCUGGCGAAUUGUUCCCGCACAGCUUGAACUGGAAGCGUUUCGUAUGUAGCAAAUUCGUCGAGCCCCAUGGAUUGCUCCGUUCGGCGCAGCAAGAACAUUUUGGUGGUGUCGCAUCGUUGUAGCAAUCAUCCCGGGCUCCCGCUCCAAAUCGUUGGUGACUUUGGUGGCUGGCUAGUGGUUGGUAUGUGCCACUCGCAGGUGCUGACCUUGCACGAACGCCCACCCCCUUCUGGAGAUGCAGCGUCCUGGCUGUGUCAUAGAGUAUCUUCACAGAUAGUUGUGGAAAAUGUGGGCUGCAGAUUGUUCGUGUGCUCCCUCCGUUCCAAACCAGUUUGAGUAUUUCUCAUUGUAGCUUGCUAUAUCAAGCAUUUCGCAGGAGCAUUUUCCACGAUGGCAAUCAGCCUGGACAGCUCUUUCCCUCGUCUUCUGCACCAGCUCCUUUAGAAGUGUGCAGGUUUCGGAUUCUCACUCAUGUUGCCUCACUCGGCUUUCGAACUCACGGGUGUUCGACAACAUUCUUUCAGAUGCAGCCAGCGGUCUAGCCCCUUUUGACUGUUCAUCGUGAUCAUACGUAGUUUCCGUUUUUUGUCUUGCAGAGGAACAGUUUCCAUUGUGACUUGUUGGUUGAACGUGAUUCUUCCGUUUUGAUUGAUCAUUCCUGAGCACAGACAUGCACAACGACCAUUCUUGCUAGGAACUUCUCAUGUACCUUCCUCCAAUACUGUCUUGUCCUAUUUUCAUGGGAGCUGCUCGUCGCUCUCUUGGUUCCAAAAGCAAGCAAGUUGAGAAACGUAGACUUGCAGAUAGUGGAAUUGCCCAGUGUAGCAAGAACGAUAGAACGCGAGUCCUUUUCUUCGGUGGCUUCAGACGGUGCAGUAGACGACAAAUCUCCACAAACUUUGCCAUUUGAAACUGGUCUGACCUUCAUAGAUGCUACCAUGCAGAUUCCAUAUUGCUACCUCAAGGCACAUCUCGAUGCAAGCAAGAUGUGCCCUCGCUAUCUGGUUGAAUUACGAGAAUGUACUUGACAGCAAGGGAUAGUUUGCAUCACUCUCCCUUUGCGAGAGACUUGCAUGGUUGAAUGCCGAGAUAGUUGCAUGCCAACAGUUCUACAUGUACGUGCACACACCAGUAGCUUCCCUUCCAUCCUCCUGAAAGAAAGAGCACUCCCAGCUAGCUAGGUGUCAACUCUAUACAUCGCAUCUCAUCCUACAUGUACUAAUGGCUCAGGGUGUCUCUCAUUGUGACUUCAACAACACCUCCAGAAUAAAUGAUGGUUGGCCAAGCGACUCAAGGCACUUCUUCGAACACGAUAAUAGUACGUUGCCCGCGACAUUUGUAAGGCCACGGAUAUUCGACCGCAGUUGCUGCGGGCCAUCGGAAAUCGGAACAAGGUUACAUUUAUUUUACGAAAAGGGCUACUACCGCAGGACCUGGAGGACGACCACGACGCUAUGUUGUACAGAGCUGCAGCUAGUCCCAUGAUGACAUUCGAUUGUUCCAUUUUAGUGUGACGCCUUGAGUAUUUGGUAUUAUUUGGUGGCAAUUUUCUGUUUCUUUUUAGGGGGAGCCUUCUUCCCUUGGGGAGCCUUCUUCCCUUUCUUCUUUGGCGGCUCAACCCACUUUUCGCCCUCCUUCUGAUGCUCGGCACCCGCGUACUUCUUACCUUCCUCCUUUUCAUAACAUUUCGGGCAAAUAUCUUGCUCGCCCUCCUCUAAGAAGUACGAUUCUGCAAAGCAGUCGCCAUCA